CGGUCAUUGCGCGACCUGCUACGCGCACCUCCAUCGCGCGCCGAUCGAAACGAAUUUAUGACAGAAACAAACGAGUGUCAGUGCUGUGUGUGACUACCGUAGGAUUUGGGUGAGAACAAUGAAACUUUUGCACGCAUUCCAUAAUUAAGGUAUCAUGUGACCGCAAGAUGGUCAGUUUAUAACCCAAAGUAGGAGUGAUGGUGAUCAAUAAUGCCGGAUUGGCGUUACAACGUGCUGUCGGCGAACGAAGCGUACAUAGACGCGAAGGAAACGCCGCCGCGGGACCCUCUCGCGGCCAGUUACCCGCGGCGCGCUGAUCGCACUCGACCCGCCCACACAUGCCCCUACACCACUAUAUUCCUCGGAGCUCGUUCCCAUCAAACUCCUCAACGCUUACAAACCCGGCAGAGCGAUGCUGGCGACCCGUACGCAGACGCCUACUCCGUGGACCGUUCCUCUAAUCUCACCGACACUUCGAGCUUUGCCCAUUAUGAAGACUGUCGACCGCAGUUAGAAGGCGUAACUAAAGAUGUAGACGACACAUAUACUGGAGAAAUAUUAACAGACGGAAAGGUGACACUGCAGGUGCAAAAAGUGCCAUACACUUCCAGUGUGUUUUAUGUGUCGGCAAGGACAGCUUCAAAAACAGAAGAUGUAGAAGGCAAUGAUUUGUUUGUGGUCGAAGGGUCGGAUUCCGAUGCAUUAUCGUCCUGCACUUGUGACAGCUUUGAGCGAUGUGAAUUUGACUGCCGGGAUUUUGAGCCAUUUUCCGACACAUGUUGUUGCGACCCACUCAGUGACGAAGUUUGCAGUCGCAGCCCUAAAGAUGUGGAGUCGCCUGAAAGCUUUUGUGAUCGUGAGGUGGAGGAAGAUAAGGUUUCAGUUCGCAGCGACAUGGAUGGACUCGAUCUAGCUCUUUUCGAACCGGCGGCAACCGACUGCCUCGAUUACGAAAAUGACCCUCCGGUACUUAAAAGCGCACCGAUACCGAGUGCGCUCUGUGGAGUACUGUACGCGCUUCCGCACACUAGCAACGACACCGCUCCGAGCGCAGGCAGCGGCGCCGUUGUAGGUGUGCCGCCGUCAUGGGAGCCCUUCUACUGCGUGCUGCAGCAGGACAGACGGGUCCUCACAGCAUACACUAGCGAGGAGCUUGCUACAAACAACAACAACAAUAACAAUGCAGAGUACACAAGAAGUUUGCCUCGAGUGCGGCUCGAUGGCGGAGGUCAAGUUGCGAACGGUAACGCCGCGUCGCGACUCCGGUGCUGGGCCGCACCACCCUCCAUUACCGAGGAGGAAGCUGAGGACGAAAUCGAAGAAGACGCCAUCUCAUUGAGAGCGUUGCCUGUGCAAGACACAUCAUACGAGAAAGCAUGUCGUCGGGGCUCCGCGCCCAGCACGCCCGUGCCCGGAGCGCAGGCGCAACACAGCCCCUCAAGACUAGCCUCCUUCUUCUUCUCGAAGCGGUCCUUCCGCAACAACCCGCUCAAGCGCACCAAGUCAGCCACCAAGCUGGAGCGCGACCGUGCGCUGCAGGCGCCGCCCACGCACCCCGCCUCACACGCUUUGAGGACUUCCAGAUCGCACGAGAGUUUACUAUCGGCGCACUCCCCUGCUGUUUCCACCAUGGAUUUGGGGCCGCCAAAUCAGGUGGAAAUACGUGCGUUGCACUCGUCGGUGCUAGGCCGGCCACAUUGCUUCGCCCUAAGCGCUGAGAAUCGCGCUCCUCGAUAUUUCGCUUGCGCCUCGAGAAAGGAACGUGACCGUUGGAUUUACAGUCUGCGGCAGGCUGCGCGGCCUGACGAGAUGCGCACGCGGCGCUGUGAGCGGUCGGUGAAGCUGUGGCUGCUCGAGGCCAAGGCAAUCCCGCCCAAGAAGCGCUACUACUGCGAGAUAUUGCUCGACGACACGCUUUACGCGAGGUCGUCGUCGAAACUGAAGUCGGAGCUGUGCUUCUGGGGCGAGGUGUACGAGUUCACCGGCCUCCAGGCGGUGCGCGCGAUCAACGUCAACGUGUACCGGGAGCCCGAGCGGCGCAGCCGCAAGCGGGACAAACACGCGCUUGUCGGCACAGUCCGCAUCCCGGUCGACGACGUAUCCUCACGAUACCUCAACGAGCGCUGGUACCCCCUCUCCGGGGGCGACAAGCCGCAAUCGCCUGGGGGGCGCGCCCCUCCGCCCCCCGCGCCCGCGCUCCGCAUCAAGUGCCGGUAUCAGAGCGUGGACGUUCUGCCCCUAGACCACUACGCGAGGUUCCUGGACUAUCUCAAGAGGAAUUACAAGAGGCUAUGCGAGUAUCUGGAGCCGCAUAUAGGUGUAAAAGCCAAAGAGGACAUCGGUUGCGCACUGGUCCUGUGCAUGGCCGGCGCGGGGCUCGCGCCCCGGUACUUGGCGGACGUGGUGGCGCUGGACGUGCGAAGGACGGGCGACCACUCGCUCACGUUCCGAGGGAACUCGCUGGCCACCAAGAGCAUGGAGGCGUAUUUGAAACUGGUCGGAGAUCAGUAUCUGCAGGACACCCUAAGCGAAGCUGUGGCAGCGGCGGCCGGUCCCGGCGCGGCCGAGUGCGAGGUCGACCCCCUGCGAGCUGGCAGCGGCGCGGCGUUGCGACGUCAGCAGACCGCCCUGAGGGACGCGGUCACUCUAGCCUGGCGGGCCAUCGCUGGGUCCGCCCCCCGUUUCCCCCCGCCGCUACGAGACUGCUUCGCAACCUUCCGCGAGAGACUCACUGCGAUGGGCCGAGAGGACAUUUCAGACAAUUUGAUAAGUGCAUCCAUAUUCCUACGCUUCCUCUGCCCUGCAAUUCUGUCUCCAAGUCUAUUUGGGAUUACUCACGAGUACCCGAAUGAGCGAGCUGCCCGCAAUCUGACGCUUGUUGCCAAGACCCUGCAGACACUGGCGAACUUUACACGGUUCCAGGGCAAGGAGGCUUUCAUGGAGUUCCUCAAUGACUUCCUUGAACAAGAGGCGCCUAAUAUGAAGGCGUUCCUUAGAGCUAUUUCGAUGCGUCCACAAGAGCAAGCUCAGGAGGGCAGCAACCGAAACUCCUCUGCGUCACAGAGCUCCGUGGAAGCUGUGGAGGCGGACCCCGAGUGGGCACCACAUGUGGACCUGGGCAAGCAGCUGGCCACACUACACGCACUGCUGGUCGAUAGCCUGCCGAAACUGCCCGGUGGGAGGACUCAGGAGCUUGAACCACUGCAAGACAUCCUGGACGAACUGAGCAAGCGACUCGCGAGCACCGACAGCGGCGGCGUGGCGCACGUCGCCGACAACAUCUUCCGGUUCAACGACCCCACCUGCGCCACGCCCACCAGCAAGCCCGCCGAGCCCGCCGCCGCGCAGAACAGCUUCGCGCACAGCUCCCCCAUCAUGCCCAAGAGCGGCGUCCAGUUCAACAUCAGCCCCUCCAAAUCCAACGCCGAGGACUCCAAGUACAAAGGCGCGUACGCCGGCGGCAUGAAGUCGCCCGCCAACCUCCGCUCCGCCACGCUCCCCAGAAACGUGUACGCCUCCAGCCCCGUGCAGAACGUCAACCCCGACCGCUACAGCUCCCAGUACAACAACCAGGAACACUGCGUCAACCUGAAAGUCGUCCAGAUAGGAUUCGGCUCCGACCAGUAUCCCAAAGGCUUGAACAAUGGCGUCGGCGAGAGCCUCGAGCGCCGCAUGCAGGGCUACAAGCCCAGCAACUAUCAAUCCACUCACUUCCACAACGCCAACUACAACGGGACCGAGCGGUCGCCCAGCUCCGACAACAUUAACCAUAACUAUUGCUCCAAUGACAUGCAAAACCUCAUGAGGGACACCGCCACUCUUGAAGAGUUAUCAGACUUAUUAAAAUACGCCGACGAUUCUGAUAUCAUUGACGAAAAACUUAUUAUGAACAAAAAGACAUUGUCACAAACCCAGUCAAAUAACAAUAACAAUAUUGUCGUUAAUGGGAAUAAGGGUUAUGCUAAUAACGGAUCGAACGUUUCUAUCAGCGGGCUCUCGAACGUUGCGAGUUCCGGAUAUCAAAGCAUAGCCACCUACAGCCAAAGUUCUAGUCCCGUAGAAAACGCCGCCCAUCACCAUCAACCCUACGAGAACGGCGGCCAGCCCAUGAGCCGGUAUUCGCAACUCAACUACCAGAAGCAGCGGGACAAGCACUACUACGACAACAAGAACGACAAGUUCUAUCCAAAGAGUCAAGUGCAACAGAAAAUAGAGUACGACAUCCAAAAAUACGGCAUCCAGAAUUUCACAAUGCCCGACACCGCGCAGACCAACACGAGCGCGAACUCGAAGAUGGCUCCGCUCGUGUUCACCAACCCCGUCUACAACAUGGAGGACAGCCGUCAGACUCCGGAGAAGAAGAAAACCAAUGAGAACAGGAAUUCCAAGCGAUGUCCCUGUGGCUCGUCCAGUUCAUCGAUAGAUGAGGAGGUUCUGAGCACGGACAACGUGGAAACUAACUCCGAGGAGGGUUCUACAAACUUCAACGACGAAGGUAGAAGCUACGACCAGCAGAACCGCAACAACACCCACCGAAAGAUAACCAGAGAUUGUAAUUACGAAGACGUAUACCAAAGGAGCAACCACAGCCACUCGCCGCGCGUGCGCGACGACGAGUCCUCCAGCAACUCGCCGAGCCUGCGCAAGAGCAGCAAGACGCGCAUGCCGCGCACCAACCCCAUGCUCUCCUACUCCACCGGCCAGAGCGCGCCCAACUACAAGCACUUCGGCCAGCGCGGCGAGUCGCUCUACGAGAUCAAGCCGCACCACAUCUCCACCGAGGGCUACCCCAUGAGCCGCUCCGACUCCAACGUCGAGGAGGUCAACAAGGAGAUGUACCGGUUGCAGAUCUCGCGGAGUCAGAAGGCGUUGAGCAAUAUGGACAAUAUUAAGGUCUCGCCGGAGAAAUAUUCUGUAGGCGACGCCGCGUCCGAGACUAAUUAUCCCUUGGAUCGCGCGUAUUCUGCGGCUAAGAUGUCGAGUAGUCGAGUGAAUGAGGACCUGGACAGGCACCAGGAAUAUUAUAAUCAGAGGCGGGAGUCUCCUUCUCGAAUGGUGUUCAGUAGAGAGAGUCACUCGAGCGAGGCGAGCGAGCGCGCGGGUCGCGAGGCGCGCGAGUCCCGCGAGGCGGGGCCGGGCCGGGAGAAGCUGCAGCGGCGCCUGAGCCUGGAGUCGGCACGCGAGCUCACCGACAGCUCGGACGAGCUGGAGGACACGCUCUACAGCACCACGGGCCGUCGCCGCAACAAGCAUCACAGAACCAUCGAACAGUACGAGCGAGAGAUCGAUCGGCUAAAGAACUCCGUGGACCUACUGCGCGGGAGACUAGGCCCCGCCGAGCCGGGCCAAGACACUUCAGACACCAAGAUGAAAGCUAUCAUCACAAGGUUAAUCAGCGUUGAGGACGAGCUUCGUCGCGAGCAACGCAAGAUGGCCGCCGCGCUGUCACACAAGCAGCGCGUGAUCGAGGCUCAGGAGCACCGCAUCGCCGCGCUCGACGAGGCCAACACGCGUCUGCUCUCCGCGCUCGUGCACCUGCAGCAGCGCGCGCCGCACCCCACGCACAACCACAACCACCAGGAGCUGCAGAUAUAGACAGAUAUAAAACUAGAUUAUCUCUACUGCACCUUUAGCACAUGAUUGGCGACUACGUCUUCUUCUAAUCGUAUUAAUGACAUAAGGACGAGUAGUCUAUCUCUCGGCGACAUACUCUCGCGUCAAUCAUAUGCUAACCCUGCAGUUCUAUUCACUUGGGAACAGUUGCACCGACCGUAAAGACCCAUUCAGACGGCGCGAGAACUAGAGUAUAAUUGAUCGGUGUGCUGGAUUGUAUUUAACCUGAACAGUCAGCAUAUAAAUGAGCCUUUGGUCAUUGAUCAGAUUGAUCGACGUCGAAGAGUAUCAAAGUAAAGUUGGAAGCGAUUUUGACACGCCGGUGCAAAUGUUAUUUUACACAUCACUAAUUUGCUAUGAAAAUCAUUGCCAACUUCGCUAAGUAUGUCUCCUUGGGAUUUCCAUAAUAUUUUUAGCGAACGUUUUAAGGGUGUCUGACGGUUUGGUGCAAUUGACCCUUACCUUGUCACUCGCCGACGCCUAUCGACAGCGAUUAUUAUGUCAACGAAUAUCUAAUUUCUAAUGAUCUGAAACUUCGGCUGUUUGUAAAAUACAUUCACAAAAUAACCAUCGAAUCAUCUGAAGACACUAUGUCUUAUAGAAAUAUGCGUUCUACAACUAUUUAAACGAUUGUAUCAGAGUGAGCACACAACAGUUAUAUUACUCGCAAACAUACAGAUUACCUUUAUUGACUUCAUGACUACUUAUCAACUUCAAUCUACUAUCAAUGCAUAAUGGUCAGGUGAAAUGGUAAUUUUUAAUUAUGUGUCUACAAACAUUAAUCGUACUAGUCUAAAUGUUUUAAAUGUCUUUUAAUAGAUAUAAGGCUUGGAAUUACAAUGUCGGAUAUAUUUAAUUGUCUAAUCCACCGAAUCGCUUGAAAUGGAUUGAAAACCAUCAUGUAUUGCUAUUUACUGUUGGAGUUGAUAAAUGUUAAGACAAAUUUAAAUUAAGUAAAUGUUUUACGUAUACGUGUUUAAUCAGAUUGAAGUCAGUAGUGCAUCCGUGUAAUAGAUAGUAACUUCGCGUCGGUGUAUGUUUCCUUGCCCGUACCGUACUUAUUGUAAAAUGUUCCGCUGAGUUGUGGCGCUGUCGUGGGGAUAUAACAACAUGUUAACAAAUAUAAGCCUAGAGGCAUUAUCUUUAUUAUUAUUUAUAUAUGUAUAUAUACUUAUAUUAUAAACUUUUGUUGUAGGCUUCGUGCACAAACCGUUCCACUGUCCGUCUUGUUUUACAUCUGAUAUUUUAUGGUUUUUUAAUUCUAUAUUUUAUUAAUUUUUAUAUGAAUGUAAUGUUGCACAAUUUAAAAACAAUCUUAGUGUACCUAAUGUUGGCGUGCUAAAUCAGUUUUUCCACCGACCAUGUAAACCAAUAGUACAUUGUGCAACAAGGGGAGGAAGUUGAAUAUUACUAACGAGAGUAAGUUAAAUCGCGACAGGUUGCCGAAGCGAUUUAAAGACUCGAGUUAGUAAUAUUCAUACUCCCCGAGUUACACA